AAGGGCCAGGUGAAAAUCCUGCCGGUGACAGACCCUCAUUAGGACUCUUGGCGGGUGAAAUGCAAUCCCUGGGGUCUCAUCUGUUUUCUUCACUUAAUCACUCUGACCCCUUCCCCCACCCCACCUCUUAUUUCCAUUCCCCCUCCCUUCCUCUGCUGUCCAUCACUUAUAUCUUUCCCCCCAUAUGGUGUCCGUUUCUUAUAUGAGUCCCCCUUCUGUCCUUUUCCUGUAUUAGUCCCCUAUCUCAUAUCUGUUGUCUCCCCUCUCUCUCCCUCUCUUCUAAUAGCUGUUAUACCACCACUGCUCCUGGAUCCCAUGUUUCAGCCCCCUGUUGGGUCUUGCUCAUUCUGUCUGCCCCAUGUUGGCUGACACCUUCUGCUCAGUCCCCUUGCUUCUAGGCAUUUACCAUCAUCUUCCUUUUCUCUUAGAUCCACCCUCUUACUUGCCCCUCAGCCCUUCCUCCCCUUUCUCCCCUGCUUCCCAUCUUGUCACAUGGUCUGUACUUAUUUAUUUUCCUUUAUUCUCCAACUUUGAUCACUAUUUCUCUCUUCUUGUCCCCUGUGCUUCCUGGGGUGAUGGAGGUUUGGGGUACCAAAACACAGGUUUUGAGGGUUGGAACAGGGGCUCUAAGAAAUCCUUAUCUUGAACCCUUGUGGAACUUCUCAUUCCAGUUAAAAUUUCCCAUUCCCUCUUUCUCUAGCAUGUUCCAUUGCCUCCCAAGGAUCACUACCUUUCUUAAUAGACAUGUCUGUGUGUGUGUGUGUGUGUGUGUAGAGUUGUUCUUAAGCCAAGUUUCCCUGUGUCCUUUUCCUGUUCCCGGGAGAAUAGUGUCUCCUGAGGUCUAACCUGCUUGCCCCAACUGCAGCCUGGAGCUGCUGCUCUGUUCUGUUUUGGUUAUAUGUAUCAACAGAUUUUCCCUCUGGGUACACCGGCUGUCGAGAUGCAGUCGGCCCGUUGCCUUCCAUGUCUGUGGUCUAAGUUAUUGGUGGUGGUUGUCGUUGUUGUGAUGCUGGGGCUUGGAGUUGUGUGUUUAGUUUUGUUUCCCUAACACUGAGCUAUAAUCCCCAGCCCUGUCAGUGAUCUUUGUAUCUAGAGAAGAUUGGUAGAGUCUCCAAGAAAGCACUGAGGCAGUGAAACUUUGAAUGUAUUGUGAUGUCUAGGCACUGAUGUCCCAGGGGUGCAUCUUUCUCUCUGACCUGCAGCUUGGGUAAAUUUGAGGAAUAUGACCAUAAUCAGUAAGGGGUGGAGUUUUCUAAAGUUACUCAAGGUGCUGAAAUGAAGCUCAAAGGCGAGUUUUCCUGAAAUGUGCCCAAGGUCAUUAUCCCACAAGGGUGACAGCAAUGGCUUUUCCUUCCUGUCAACAUUCUCUACAACAUUCUCUUAGGCCUAGUUCUAUCACUCUGAUGUCGCCAAUCUAACUUUAAUAACUUCCUUAAGGCCCUUCACUGUGUCCCCAUAAGUGGUAUAUGGCAACGAUGCUAGCAAGACAGCAAAAAUGGGGCAGGGAGACCCACAGGCAUCUUAGCAUGCACAGUUGUUGGUCCCAUUUUUUUCUGGAAAAUUGUCUAUCUUCAGAUCUCAUCUUGGGAUGUUCUCCUCAGGAUUGGCUGUUCCGACCUUUCCCUAACUCCUUCUAAAGUUCCUCACUGUGUCCAGAUGUACGGGGACCCCCUAUGCACCGAACCCAGUACGUUCAUUCCCCGUACGACCGUCCCGGCUGGAACCCUCGGUUCUGCAUCAUCUCGGGGAACCAGCUGCUCAUGCUGGAUGAGGAUGAGAUACACCCCCUUCUGAUCCGCGACCGGAGGAGCGAGUCCAGCCGAAACAAACUGCUGAGACGCACGGUCUCCGUGCCGGUGGAGGGGCGGCCCCACGGCGAGCAUGAAUACCACUUGGGUCGCUCGAGGAGGAAGAGUGUCCCAGGGGGGAAGCAGUACAGCAUGGAGGCCGCCCCCGCUGCGCCCUUCCGGCCCUCGCAAGGCUUCCUGAGCCGGAGGCUGAAAAGCUCUAUCAAACGUACAAAGUCACAACCCAAACUUGACCGGACCAGCAGCUUUCGACAGAUCCUGCCUCGCUUCAGAAGUGCUGACCAUGACCGGGCCCGGCUGAUGCAAAGCUUUAAGGAGUCACACUCUCAUGAGUCCUUGCUGAGUCCUAGUAGCGCUGCUGAGGCCUUGGAGCUAAACUUGGAUGAGGACUCCAUCAUCAAGCCGGUGCACAGCUCCAUCCUGGGCCAGGAGUUCUGCUUUGAGGUAACAACAUCGUCUGGAACAAAAUGUUUCGCCUGCCGGUCUGCAGCCGAAAGGGACAAGUGGAUUGAGAACCUACAGCGGGCUGUGAAGCCCAACAAGGACAACAGCCGCCGGGUAGACAACGUGCUGAAACUAUGGAUCAUCGAGGCCCGCGAGCUACCCCCCAAGAAGCGCUAUUACUGCGAGCUGUGCCUGGACGACAUGCUGUACGCACGCACCACCUCCAAGCCCCGCUCAGCUUCGGGAGACACCGUCUUCUGGGGCGAGCACUUCGAGUUUAACAACCUGCCUGCCGUCCGGGCCCUGCGGCUGCAUCUAUACCGUGACUCAGACAAAAAGCGAAAGAAGGACAAGGCAGGCUAUGUUGGCCUGGUGACUGUACCGGUGGCCACCCUGGCUGGGCGCCACUUCACAGAGCAGUGGUACCCCGUGACCUUGCCGACAGGCAGUGGGGGCUCUGGGGGCAUGGGCUCGGGAGGAGGUGGGGGCUCAGGGGGUGGCUCAGGGGGCAAGGGGAAAGGAGGCUGCCCUGCUGUGAGGCUGAAAGCCCGUUACCAGACAAUGAGCAUCCUGCCCAUGGAGCUGUACAAGGAGUUUGCAGAGUAUGUCACCAACCAUUACCGGAUGCUGUGUGCAGUGCUGGAGCCCGCCCUGAACGUCAAGGGCAAGGAGGAGGUCGCCAGUGCGCUGGUUCACAUACUGCAGAGCACAGGCAAGGCCAAGGACUUCCUUUCAGACAUGGCCAUGUCAGAGGUAGACCGGUUCAUGGAGCGGGAACACCUCAUAUUCCGCGAGAACACGCUCGCCACUAAAGCCAUAGAAGAGUAUAUGAGACUGAUUGGUCAGAAAUACCUCAAGGAUGCCAUUGGGGAGUUCAUCCGUGCUCUGUAUGAAUCUGAGGAGAACUGUGAGGUGGACCCCAUCAAGUGCACCGCAUCCAGUCUGGCAGAGCACCAGGCCAACCUGCGGAUGUGCUGUGAGUUGGCCCUGUGCAAGGUGGUCAACUCCCAUUGCGUGUUCCCGAGGGAGCUGAAGGAGGUGUUUGCAUCUUGGCGGCUGCGCUGCGCAGAGCGGGGCCGGGAGGACAUUGCCGACAGGCUGAUCAGCGCCUCGCUCUUCCUGCGCUUCCUCUGCCCAGCCAUUAUGUCGCCCAGUCUAUUUGGGCUUAUGCAGGAGUACCCAGAUGAGCAGACCUCACGAACCCUCACCCUCAUCGCCAAGGUCAUCCAGAACCUGGCCAACUUUUCCAAGUUUACCUCAAAGGAGGACUUCCUGGGCUUCAUGAAUGAGUUUCUGGAGCUGGAGUGGGGUUCCAUGCAGCAGUUCUUGUACGAGAUCUCUAACCUGGACACACUGACCAACAGCAGCAGUUUUGAGGGCUACAUAGACUUGGGCCGAGAGCUCUCCACACUUCAUGCCCUGCUCUGGGAGGUGCUGCCCCAGCUCAGCAAGGAAGCCCUCCUGAAGCUGGGCCCACUGCCCCGGCUCCUCAAUGACAUCAGCACAGCCCUGAGGAACCCCAACAUCCAAAGGCAGCCAAGCCGCCAGAGUGAACGGACUCGGCCUCAGCCCGUGGUGCUGCGAGGGCCAUCAGCCGAGAUGCAGGGCUACAUGAUGCGGGAUCUCAAUAGCUCCAUCGACCUUCAGUCCUUCAUGGCUCGAGGCCUCAACAGCUCUAUGGACAUGGCUCGCCUCCCCUCCCCAACCAAGGAAAAGCCACCACCGCCGCCACCCGGUGGGGGUAAAGACCUGUUUUAUGUGAGCCGGCCGCCGCUGGCUCGGUCAUCCCCAGCAUACUGCACAAGCAGCUCGGACAUCACAGAGCCGGAGCAGAAGAUGCUGAGUGUCAACAAGAGUGUGUCCAUGCUGGACCUGCAGGGUGACGGGCCUGGGGGCCGCCUUAACAGUAGUAGUGUUUCCAACCUGGCAGCCGUUGGGGACUUGUUGCACUCAAGCCAGGCCUCACUGACAGCAGCCUUGGGGUUGCGGCCUGCACCUGCCGGGCGCCUCUCCCAAGGCAGUGGCUCGUCCAUCACAGCAGCUGGCAUGCGCCUUAGCCAGAUGGGCGUCACCACGGAUGGUGUCCCUGCCCAGCAACUACGCAUCCCCCUUUCCUUCCAGAACCCUCUCUUCCACAUGGCUGCUGAUGGGCCAGGGCCCCCAGGGGGCCACGGAGGGAGCAGUGGUCAUGGUCCACCUUCCUCCCAUCACCACCACCACCACCAUCACCACCACCGAGGCGGAGAGCCCCCAGGGGACACUUUUGCCCCAUUCCAUGGCUAUAGCAAGAGCGAGGACCUCUCUUCAGGGGUCCCUAAGCCCCCUGCCGCCUCCAUCCUUCACAGCCACAGCUACAGUGAUGAGUUUGGACCCUCUGGUACUGAUUUUACCCGUCGGCAGCUCUCACUUCAGGACAACCUACAGCACAUGCUAUCCCCUCCCCAGAUCACCAUCGGUCCCCAGAGGCCAGCUCCCUCAGGGCCCGGAGGUGGGAGUGGUGGGGGCAGCAGUGGGGGUGGUGGGGGCCAGCCGCCUCCCUUACAGAGGGGCAAGUCUCAACAGCUGACAGUGAGCGCUGCCCAGAAACCCCGGCCAUCCAGCGGGAACCUAUUGCAGUCCCCGGAGCCAAGUUAUGGUCCUGCCCGCCCACGGCAACAGAGCCUCAGCAAAGAGGGCAGCAUUGGGGGCAGCGGGGGCAGCGGUGGCGGAGGGGGUGGGGGGCUCAAGCCCUCCAUCACCAAGCAGCAUUCCCAGACUCCAUCCACGCUGAACCCCACAAUGCCGGCCUCAGAGCGGACUGUAGCCUGGGUCUCCAAUAUGCCUCACCUGUCGGCCGACAUUGAGAGCGCUCACAUCGAGAGGGAAGAGUACAAGCUCAAGGAGUACUCAAAAUCGAUGGACGAGAGCCGGCUGGACAGGGUGAAGGAGUACGAGGAGGAGAUACACUCGCUGAAGGAGAGGCUACACAUGUCCAACCGGAAGCUGGAAGAGUACGAGCGGAGGCUGCUGUCCCAGGAAGAACAGACCAGCAAGAUCCUGAUGCAGUACCAAGCCCGCCUGGAGCAAAGUGAGAAGCGCCUCAGGCAGCAGCAGGUGGAAAAGGACUCCCAGAUCAAGAGCAUCAUUGGCAGGCUGAUGCUGGUGGAGGAGGAGCUACGUCGGGACCACCCCGCCAUGGCUGAGCCGCUGCCUGAACCCAAGAAGAGGCUGCUCGACGCUCAGGUGGAGAGGCAGCUUCCCCCCUUGGGUCCAACAAACCCGCGUGUGACUCUGGCCCCACCUUGGAACGGCCUGGCCCCCCCAGCCCCCCCACCCCCACCCCGGCUGCAGAUCACAGAGAACGGCGAGUUCCGGAACACCGCAGACCACUAGCCCACCCAGCAUCACAGACCUCCUUCCUUGUGCACCCAACCCCAGAACAUCACCAACCAACCACCAGGACUGGACGUCGCGAGGGACAGCGGGAUUGCCUCCCUUGAUGCCUCCUUGGGGCACCCAUCUGCCACCUGCACUGCUCCACUCCUAGCUGCCCUCUUUGACCCCAGGACACCACCUACCCCACACAGACCCCUUCACUCUGGGGUGCUAUCCCCAUCCUCUGCCUCAUAGUUCCCCUGAGCACUGGGGGACAGACCCUCACCCCCACACUGGGGGCGUGGCACCUCCAAACUUUCAACUUCAGGGUGAUUUUUUAGCAGUGACCAGAGCUGACAAUCUAACUCCCCCUCCACCACCCCAUUUUGGCCUCCCCUGUCCCCCUUGUUUGGGGAGGGGACCCCGGGUGAGGGGGCCCUACUACCCCUUGAUUUCUCAGGAGCGUCUGGGGGGGCUCAGCACGCACAAACUCCUUCUCCUCUUUCCACUCUUACAUUUCCUCUCCCCACCCAUAACCCAGAUGGGGUGGAGGGGGCCACCGGGGCAGGGAGGGGGCGGCAAGGGGGGAAUGGGAGUUGCCUCCCCUUCUUCCCACACCUGAUCUGCUCUUGGCUGGUCCCAGAGCGGGGUGAGGGGGCUUAUGCCCCCCCCUCCCCCAGUGUGUUGGGUGGGGUGGAACUGAGGUUCGGAUGAGGGGUUAGGGUCGAGGGCACGUGUGUUGGCUUGCAGAGGUCAGACAAACUGGUCUGCCCUGCCCCUGACACAGCCGUGCUCUCUACCCUUCCCUCUCUUGUCUCUACUCCCAUGGGGAGGGGGGAACUUACUCUAGGAAAAGCCAUGUCUCUCUCCCCCAGGGUGGGGGGACCUGUGUUGGAGGAUGGGUAUUUGGGGGCCCCCUUACAUGACUCUGUCCCCUGGGGGAGGUAGGACAGGGCUGGGCUUCCCUCUCACCCUACCCCCUCACCCAGUCUCCUUCCCUCCCGCCAGCUCCACUUUCGGUGUUUCUCUGUACAUAGCUCUCUGGCGGGACAGGGGAGGUAGGAUGGAUGGGGUUUGGGGUGGAUAGGCCAUGGAAGGGGAGAAACCCCUCCUGGGUACCCCCUCUUCUCUGACUGCUGUCCCCUACCCAGCCUUGUCUCCUCACUCCUUCUUGCGUUUGGUAUUGAGACUUCUUCCCAGACUCCAGACUCGACCUUUCUUUUGUAUGGACAGCUCUCCUUCAACCUUAAUCCUCUACACAUACCCACCCAGCCGGGGCCAAAUUUAUACUUAUAUAAAAGCUGUAAAUAUGUGAAAUUUUAUCCCGUACCCUUUCCUCUGCUCUCCCUACUUCAGGCCCUACCCUUGGACCUCCUUCCUCCUCUUUGGCUGUUGUAAUUAUCUGGGGUUUGUACUGUACAUAAUUGGGGGGGGGGCUGGGAGGCGAACCCUCUGUACAGAGCUUCCUGGCUCCCUAUCCUCACCCCUCCUUCCCCUCCCCACCCACCACCUUAAGAGUAGGGAGACGCUCUUCUUACUCCUAUUUUUCUUUUUUUUUUGUUGUUUGUUUACUCGUCCUCCUUCCCGCCCCUACCCCUAGCCUCUCGGCUCCCCUACCACUGCCCCCUUUUCUCCACUCCCAGCCCCAUUUCCUUUUUUUCUGGAGUGUGUGGUGAAACAGAAAAAUCAUGUUUAAUAAACGGAGAUUGUUCUUUUA